AAUCAAACUUUCCCGGUUCAUUCAAAUGCCAGAACCAUUCACGAGAUGGCAGGUAUUUCACGAGCGCACCACGUGGAUCAAUAAAAUGGAAGGCCCUCUACGUUCGUUCCGUUCGUCACUAAUACGUUUUUCUUUGCAGUUCGCAUCGAGACGCGCUACAUUCGUUUAGUUGUCGGUUUUCCUAGUCGAUGACCGAAGGGAGAGGAACUGAAAUCAAUAAAUUGUGUACAAAUUUAACAAAAUGGGAAAACGUUAUUACUGCGACUACUGCGAUAGGUCGUUCAAAGACGACCCGGAAGCCAGGAAGAAACAUCUGACGAGCUUGCAGCAUGCCAGAAACCGGAUGGAACACUACGAUCAAUUCAAAGACGCGGCGACUAUCCUUCAAGAAGAAUCCACGAAACUACCUUGCAAGAGGUUCAUGACCCAGGGGGAUUGCGCUUUCGGAAAUGGCUGCAGAUUUUCUCAUUAUUCGCCGUACAUGCUGUGGGAACUCAAAAGACACGUUUGGACGACGAGCCAAAAUUCCGAGACGGCAACGAUCACGCCCCCGAGAUCCUCGGAUGUGAUAAGGGAGUUUUUCGAGAACGUGACCGACGAGAAUUCUACGCAGCACGGCCAAAGCAUCAUUUCUGCGGGUUGGAAUUACCCGAUUGAACUACAAAACUACCCCAAUUUACCCCCGUCCCUGUGGCCCAUAACACCGAAGAGCGUCGGUACUUCGGAUUUCGGUAAAUGGGGACUUUGAAUUAUCAAUUGAUGAAAUCCAGAAUAAAUUUAUUUUCCAUA